CAUCCAUCAGCUGAGGAACAAGGUGUCAGAGGAGCAUGAGGUCAUCAAGAAGAAGGAGCUGGAGAGUGGCCCCAAGGCCUCCUAUGGCUAUGGGGGCAAAUUUGGAACAGAGCGAGACCGAAUGGAUAAGUGUGCGGUGGGCCACGAGUACGUUGCUGAUGUUGGGAAGCACUCCUCGCAGACGGAUGCAGCCCAGGGCUUUGGGGGAAAGUAUGGAGUCCAGCGGGACCGAGCUGACAAGUCAGCACUGGGCUUUGAAUACAAGGGUGAGGUGGAGAAACACUCAUCUCAGAAAGAUUACUCCAAGGGCUUUGGUGGCCGUUACGGUGUGGAGAAGGACAAGGUAGACAAAGCAGCAGUGGGAUUCGACUACAAGAGCCAGGCGGAGAAGCAUGACUCUCAGAAAGACUAUUCUGUGGGCUUUGGUGGGAAGUUCGGAGUCCAGAGGGAUCGUCAGGACAAGAGUGCCCUUGGCUGGGACCAUCAGGAGGAAGUGCAGCCCCAUGCAUCCCAAACAGACUAUGCCAAAGGGUUUGGAGGCCGUUACGGGGUGCAGAAGGACAGAGUAGAUAAG